AUGCAGAGGUCAAGCUUAGAACGCUUACCGACCUAUCCGGAGUACAUUGCUGCGAGCGCCACUUUGGUCGCUUUACGAACUGCCAUUGACCCCGAAGCCCUGAGAAACGCGUUACCGCGUGUCACCACGCCAAACGUCUUCAAUUUGAGUCGCGAGAAUGCUUUUGGCGAGGUCGCAAAAACCCUUGAAUUGUUCGACCACUUCCAUAGCAAGUUACUACGGCACAUCAAGGUGAACAUUGGAGACAGCUGUGGUUCUAAGGUUAUCGCGGAAUAUAUGUCGCAAAUCCUUCCCGAAGUCGACUUCAAGGACGGGGUACCAAGGGUAUCAAAUCUGGCAAUUUAUGUCUUCCUCGGUCUGUGCCGCAUGGUCCAAAAGCUCAAGCCGCUCGAAUAUGUUCCGCAUACUACCAGCGAGGGACUUUUUGAUAUAUUUUUAUCUGAGCUCGACAAGGGCUUGGAAUUAUCGGAGAAAAAAACAUUCCUUUCAGAUAAGUUCGGCAUCACCGCGGAAGGUACCCGAAUUUGCAAGGUUCAUGGCUGCGGCCGAAUGGGUCCCGUCGAAGAGAGUGGUUUCGUCUUGCCCAUCGAGAUGCAGGAAAGAACCGGUAUUGCCAGCAGUGAGACGCUUGAAAACUUGCUUUAUAGCCCUCACAUUCUCCUGGAAAAGUGCGAGAAAUGUGGCGUUGAAGAGGUGGAAUUUAAGUGGGAUGUGUUUACCACUACGCCGGAGUAUAUCAUGCUCUGUAUUCGACGAACAGAAGAUAAAAAGAGCAUGGAGCUUCUGGUGGACGCACCUGUACGCAUCCAACUGGUCAGUAGAGGUACGAUCAGCUAUCACGCCAAAGUGAUCAUCGAUGGUUCUGAUACGGCUUACACUGUCACAAACAGUGUUUGGACCCGGUUUCGUGAUGAAGAAGUGGAAAAGCUGGGCGAGAGUGCGGAAGUCAGCAAACGUCUACGGGGUGCUACUCAGCUUGUUCUCCUUGAAAAGGAUAGUGGCUGA